AUGGAUCACUCCAGAGAUCCCUGCCCCUGGGUUGCCCUGAGCGACUUUGGUGGUGCUUUCUGUAUGGGUGCUAUCGGUGGUGCCGUCUGGCACGGUGUCAAGGGUUUCAGAAACAGCCCCUACGGAGAGCGUCGGAUAGGUGCCCUCACAGCCAUCAAGGCUCGUGCGCCCGUUCUCGGUGGUAACUUUGGUGUCUGGGGUGGUCUCUUCUCGACUUUUGACUGUGCGAUCAAGGGUAUCAGAAAGAAGGAGGAUCCUUACAAUGCCAUCAUUGCUGGUUUCUUCACUGGUGGUGCUCUCGCUGUUCGUGGUGGUGUCAAAGCUGCUCGUAACUCGGCUAUCAUGUGUGCUGUCUUUCUGGCUGUCAUUGAGGGUGUUGGUAUUGGGUUCCAGAGAAUGAUGGCCGACAACACAAAACUCGAGCUUCCCCCCCCUCCUCCGUCUCCCGAGAAGGCCGUCGCCUAAUUGUUCCACCACAACGGACCCUAUCUCCCUUUGAUGUUUAGUUAGGAACGUACGAAUUCCCGCGUUGUCAGCAAUAUGCCCAUGUUUCUCAUAUCCUUAUCGUGGUCUCUCUUCUCUGGUGUUGGGCUGGUUCAUAUCAUUUUAGGAUGCAUGGUAUAGAGGUUGCUUUCGACUUCCUUGCUUUGAUCCGUCCCCGCUCUUAUGAUGUCUUUUCUACAAAGAAGUGGGUUUUUGUCGGCGAUUUUGGAUGACACAGCCUUUGCGUCCUUGUGUAUUUCUGUUUUUCUUUUUCUACAUCUGCCGAGGGGGCAGAUGCG